AUGGCACAAAACCCCACGAACCUCGAUCAUCCCCAGCACAUUGCCAUCGUUGGUGCAGGUGGAGAGAUUGGCUCGCACAUCACUAGAGAGCUUUUGAGAACCAAGAAACACCAAAUUACUGCCUUGAAUCGGGCGGAAAGCACCAGCACCUUUCCUGAUGGGGUGCUUGUUAAGAGAGUCGAUUAUGAAGACCAAUCCUCUAUCGUCGAUGCCCUUUGCGGAAAGGAUGCCCUGAUCAUCACUCUCGCCGGCAAUGCCCCGCCGGAUCAGGAAGUCAAACUUAUCGAAGCCGCAGCGGAGGCUCACGUCGCCUGGGAUUCAAUUCUCGGUGAAAUGAAGCAAAAGACUCGCCGGUACAUUGAGAGUCUCGGCAAGAGUUCUUGGAUCUCACUGGUCUGCGGCUUUUGGUAUGAGUUCAGCUUGGCCGGCGGCGCAGAGCGCUUUGGCUUUGAUUUUCCGAAUCGUACAGUCACCUUCUACGAUGACGGCUCAACAAAGAUCAAUACCAGCACUUUAGAACACUUGAAUGUACAUACCGCAGGGAACGAGAAAGACGGCCCAACUCUUUCGCAGUUCAGGAACCGGCCCAUCUAUGUCUCAUCCUUUCUGGUGAGCCAAAAAGACAUGUUUGAGUCUGUCCUCCGUGUCACUGGUGCUACUGAGGGAGACUGGAAGAUCAAGUAUCAGGAUGUCAAGCAGCGCUACGCCGAAGGGAAGGCAGAGAUGCAAAAGGGAGACAUGACUGGCUUAGUUAAGCUGCUCUACGCAAGGGACUUUUUCGUCAACGGCGGUGGCAACUAUGAAGCAUCGAGGGGCCUACACAAUGGCACCUUGAGCCUACCGAGGGAAGAGUUAGAUGAUCAGACGAGGACUGCCAUAAGGAACAUGUAA